CCUUUGUCCGCCCAACAUCUUCUCCGGCCAGUUCUCCUCCUCUCGUCCAAUCACAGUUCACUGUGCCUCGGCGGCCCUCCCACCACUUGCCGCAAUGAUCCUCAUGGCCCGGUUCUGCCGUUGCGGCGACCGCUUCUCCUUUCUUCUUUGGAGAUUCUUCAUUUUCUUUUUUUUCCUUUCAUACUACCUCGCCUUCGUCCCUCCUCACGCGACCUCCCACACGAACACCUGGAUUUUGGAUAUCACCCGCGUUGCGGAUCCACAGUGCUACCGAGCUCUCUUGCAGCUACACCAUUUUCUAGAUUUUCGUUCUCGUUCCGUGGCUACCAUAUUUCCGCGCACCCGUGCAAAGCGCGAUUGGAGACGCGUUCCUUUGAUCGCCCAUGUCCAACGAUAUUCUCAGCAAUCUAUGAUAAUUUGGCACGUUGCUUUCAUUCCCUAGAGGACCAUGGUGCUGUUUAAGCGGAAACCCGUUCAGUUCCUCCCCCGACCCGUUAUCCAAGAUGAUAGUUCAGAGGUCUGGGUUAUCCCGGAGACCAACGAAGUGUUCACCCAGUAUGAGCCGUAUCUUCAGCGAAUGGACUUCUACAAGCAAAGAAGAUUUAUUUGCGAGAUCACGGGCCAUUCGGGUCUGACAUUUUUUGAGGCGCUUAGGUCGGAGAUGGAGGAGUCGCGUGAAGUCAAUAAUACCUUUCCCGACGCUUUGAAGGAGCCCAUCCUGCGAAGGAUUCAGUUUUCCACAGUAUCGCGAGUCGACAAUCUUGUGGACGAGAUCUAUGAAGAGUUUAAGCAGGAUUUUUACCCUGGUGAAUCCGUAUUGAUAUUACUGGACGACAAUACCCGUCUUCAUGGUAUGAUUAGAGACAAGGCCAAUUUUGCAGAGCAACUGAAUCCCGAUGGUACCGUCAAAGCCCCAGCCUACGCGACAUAUCUUGUGAAAGUUUUGGAUCGUCCGAAUGAGGAAGCUCUAUUGGAUCAAGAGCACAUUACUCGAGACCGGAAAAUCUUCACCAAACAGAUGUUACGUGCAUUUAUCAAGAACAAUGUGACACGGGAGUCUUGGAAUGGCGCGCCUUGGUUAGUGAAACCAUCGAUUGCUGAAGAAUACAGAAUCUCAACCGAGGUACCGAAACACCUGCAAUAUGGAGCCAAGGUUGCUGAAAAAAAGGCAAUGAAGAAGGCAGACCAAGAAGGUUUCUUUGGUUUCUUCGCAUCACAACAAUUACCUGAACUAAAACCCGCAGUCAAGGGCCAAAAGUCCAAGCCUUCCCAACAGGACUUGGCGCGGUCCAAGGAGGCACAAUUUCUGGAGUAUCAAAGAUCCCUCAAUGGCAACCCAACUUUUGUUGUCAGUAACAAAACCCCUGGGUCAGGUCGCUCGCCCAAGUCUCAGGAUACCGACAAGAAAUCGCAAGCUACUCCCGCAGUCGUUGUAAAGAACGAACCUCCUCGGCCACCCUCACCUCCACCGAUUAAAUAUCCCAUUGAGGAUCUCGAGAUAGCGCCGGACCGUGAAAAGAAAAAGCAUAGGCCUACCCUUAACUUCUUGAAAGUUGAUGAAACAGAUGAUCCUGAAGACGAAGGCUUGCUGCAUGACCACAUCGACAUGAAGUCAGUGGGCUUACUUCUCGAGACAUGGAAUACUCUUAAUGUGUACUGCGAAGUUUUCCAGUUGGACUCGUUUACUUUUGAUGAUUUCCUUCAGGCUAUGCGCUUUUCACCGGAGGAGGUAGAUUGUCAACUGUUCGUUGAGGCUCAUUGCGCUGUUUUGAAGAAGCUGGUAAAUUCCGAGACGGAUGAGAAUGGAGCUGUCCAGAUCGCACUGCCCGACCUUCCGGUAGAUGACUCUGAAGAUUCUGACGAAGAGGAUGAAGAAGGAGAAGAGGAACAAACCCCCGAGCCUGAACCGGUCGUGAUGAGAAUGACUACUCGGAGUAGCCUAGCUAAGGCAGAGGCAGAAAAUUUGAAAGCACAAGCUAAUCGCAGCCGCUCUAAUUCGGUAGAAGCCACGAUUCACCGUGCCGCCGAGAUGUUUGAAGGUUAUGGUUGGAUAGAACGUCUCCGGAAGCGAGACUUUCGUAACGGUGGUUGGGAAUUGGUAAUGAUUGGGCUGUUACAUCAGCUAUCUGCUCGUCCACGGAUGGAGAAGACCUGCAACGAGAUCCUCAAGCAUCUGGCUCCUCUUGAUGCAGAGCCGACCCAGGAAACCGCUCAACGCCAAUAUGCUACCCUCAAUGUUAACCUGCGCGCUCAAGCCCUCCAAAUUAUCUGCAUGCUUAGUCUGGAGACAAAGGCCGUUCGAAACUACCUGGAGGAGUGCAGCAACCAAAUGACCGAGUUCCGCAAAGAGAAAAUAGAAUAUCAGAAGGCUCGCAAAGUCGCGCUCGAAGAACUUCGACGGUUACAUCAAGAACGGAAGGCACUCCAACCUGAACCAGAAAAAUCACCCUCUCCAGCACCAGAAAUAGAAGCACUGGAAGACUCCAAGAUGACUGGAGUUGACGGAGAAUCCGAUCAAGUAGCCGAUUCUGACGAGGAAGAAGCUCCCCAGCGAUCACUUCGCGGGGGCUUGGAUAGGGUUCUCGAGAGAAAGCGAAAGCAAGAAGAAGAACAGAAACGGAGGGAACAGUUGGCCAAACAACCGAAGGGCACGAAACAAUAUCAGAGGGUGCUAAAGAAGAUUGAUGACCAAAAGGCUAACAUUGAGAAGCUUGAAGAGAAGAUCAACGUGGUGGAUAACGACCUGAGGGAGGCUGAUUGCCCACGAACCAGAUGCCUCGGGAAGGAUAGGUUCUGUAACCGAUACUGGUGGUUUGAGCGAAACGCAAUGCCGUACGGGGGUAUGCCGAAUAGUUCGACGGCAGGAGCUCAGUUUGCGAAUGGUCGCCUAUGGGUCCAAGGUCCCGACGAAAUGGAGCGUCUAGGAUUCAUUGACGUGCCUGAAGACCAGAAGAAGCAAUACCAGAAGGAAUUCCACAUGACUCCGGCGGAGCGCAAGAAGGUCGAAGAAGGAUCCACCAGGCUCUCGAACGCAGAGGAAUGGGGCUAUUACGAUGACCCCGAUGCAGUUGACAAACUCAUCGAUUGGCUUGAUUCGCGAGGCAACCGAGAGUCGAGGUUACGCAAAGAGUUGUUGCUUCAGCGUGACCACAUUGUUAAGUACAUGAAGCUCCGUACGGAAUACCUUGCAGAGACGGCGGAGAGGGUUGAUUCGGAGGAGAUGCCCACGAAGCGGAUGACGACAAGAAAUAAAACUUACGUGGACGAUCACAAGCAUCGUUGCCUGAGCUGGCAGAAUACAACGGCUCUGUCUGAGAAUGGACAUCUUCACAUAGAUGCUUCCCGACCAGCCAAACGAGCUAAGAGGGCCACCGACGGCCCGAAGGAGCUCAAGGCGGUUAAUCGCCAGGGCAAACCCUUGACAAGGCAAGGCUCGCGUUACAAUUUUUAAAAUUUCAGUUUUGCGUCGAUUGGCGUUUGAUGGGAUCUUGCGUGGGGUUUAAGGAUACAUUUGGGGAGCGGCAAGCAACAAAAAAAGACCGUUUUUACUGGCACACAUGAGCAACGAGACCAUGAAUGUUUGCGGCACAUUUGUUAUGUACAAAGUGGUGUUAUAUUGCAUUGGAGGGGGGCCCUCUGAUUGAAGAUUGGUUGGUAGACGUUUGUAUAUACUAGGUCAACAAAUCUUUAUGUUCAGGCUGUCAGGGGGGGGGUUUUGUUGCAUUACAGAUGAAGCA